GAAGGAUUCAGGUGUGAAACAGCAAAUAUGAACAUCUCUCUCGGGGAAAGCGAAACCGUUGAAGUCAGGUCGCCAGGCUACCCGGGCAGUUUUCCAAGAGGAGUAUAUAUCAACUGGAUUCUCCGGACGGAGGAAGACAGGAAGAUUCUCGUUUCGUUUGGCAAUCUCACCACUGAUUACUAUGACAACUGGAGGAUUGGGAAUGGAGAUGUUAUCAGUCAGUCUACCCUUCUGUCGUGGAGAUACCGACGGCGUGAACUACCGGUUCUCCUUUCAAAUGGAAGUGCCAUCUGGAUUUCGUUUUCUUCGUCCUAUCAAACAAGAGCAGGAUUUUCCUUUGUUGCGUCUUCUGUGCCAUCCACAGAAACACUGACCUGUUCUAGUGAUAAAUUUGAUUGUGGAAAUUCUGUUUGCAUCAGCGGUCUCUUACAAUGUGACAAGAAUUAUGACUGCAUCGAUAACAGAGACGAAAAUUCCUGUGGCUGUGAUUCUGUCACCUGUCUGAACAACGGAACCUGUUCAGAUUACAACGGAUAUUUCUCGUGCAGCUGUUCUGAAGGCUUCAGAGGAAGAUUCUGCGAAAAAGUGGUAUUUGAGUGCGAAGCUUAUCCGAACAUUUUCGAAGAAUCUGACAGGUGUGAUGGAAUCAUUCAGUGCCCAAACGGCGAUGACGAAAAGGGUUGUGAGUGUAGUGGGCACAAGUACCGAUGUCGUGAUAGUAUAUGCGUGGGUCAAGCCGAUACAGAAUGUAAUGGCAUACCAGAGUGUCUGGAUUAUUCAGAUGAAGGAGUUGCCUGUAACACAGCCUACUGCCUAGAAAUCAGCAAUGAGGCAUGCACAGCCAUUCUGGCCUACAAUUCAACCUACUUUCCGAAUGACUUCGUGUCAUCCCAUCAACAAGCUGACGACCUCAUUGCUCAACAUCUGCCAGAGUUCCUGACCAACUGCUCUAAUGAUGAGAGACUUGCUCUGUGUAUGUCGCUCUACCCGGAGUGUCCUCAGUUUGGUCCCGAUCCUAGAGUGUGUGCUUCGCUGUGCUCCAGAGCUGUAGAAUGUGCCGGUCUGGAAACGAACUUUACAUCGUUGCAGUGUGAUGUAUAUCCCGACAAUGGUGUAUUGUCGACUUCAGAAGGCUGUCUCUAUAGCGACGAAGAUGUGCUACAGUCAGGAGACUGUGGGCGUCGACCAGCGGCCUCGCCUUCUCUCAAUCCUUUCAGUCGUAUCAUUGGUGGAGCUGAGACACACAUUGGCAACUGGCCUUGGAUUGGUUCAUACCAGGCUCGUGGUGGAUUUCACUUCUGUGCCGCUACUCUAAUUAGCCCACGUUGGGCCAUCACUGCGGCUCACUGUGGUUUUCAGCGUCAGCUGGUAUUCGGUAGUUCGCUGUUUAAUGCACCAUCUGGUUACCAACACGUCUACCGUGUUGGCCAAAUCUUCAUCCACCCGGGCUAUAAUGCUCCGCGAUACCACAACGAUAUUGCACUUGUAAAACUCACCUCCCCCGUAUCGUACACCGACACCAUCCAACCAGCUUGCUUGGAAACCGACGACAAUGAAGUCGACAAGUACGACACCUGCCACGCAGUGGGAUGGGGCAGCACAUUUUUGGGCGGUCGUUCUUCUCCAGUGUUGAAAGAGGCACGGGUGCCGCUUGUGUCCUGGGAGCAAUGCAAGAGUUAUGACGACGCCCGUGAAAACCUUUUCAUCUCAUCCGAUCAGAUUUGUGCGGGAGCUGGGAAUGGAACUAACAGAACAUGUCACGGUGAUAGUGGUGGUCCUUUGAUCUGUCGCGGAGCCAAUGGACGCUGGAAAUUGGUCGGGAUCACAAGCACAGCCAGUGCAUGCGGUGCAGCAUCCCCCGGUGUCUUCACCCGAGUGUCUCAGUACAUUGACUUCAUCAGAUACACAAUGGCAAAAGGAUUUCAGCCGUGUACUGCCAAUGAGUUUGACUGUGGAGAGACUGUAUGCAUUGAUGGUCGCUCAAGGUGCAAUUACCGGGAAGACUGUCAUGAUGGAAGGGAUGAAGAACUUUGCGGGUGCAUACUAAACUCGUGCGUAAACAACGGGACUUGCCUCCCAGAGGGUCGCUACAGUUACCAGUGCGAAUGCACCGAUGGAUAUGAGGGUACAAACUGUGAAACAGCAAUAAUCACUAAGACUUUUAGACUCUCUGUUAAUGGGAUGGUUCGAGUAUCUUCACCCGGCCAUCCGGAGGACUUCCCCUCAAAUACUCGCGUCAACUGGACAUUCGAGACAGACCAAGGAAUGAAGGUGUUUAUCAACUUCACCAACUUUGUUUCGUCUUACUUCGACAACUGGCAAGCUGGGGACGGCGCCAAGGCUGGGGCUGCAACUUUUCUGUCUUGGUCCAGAGCUAAUGGCCGACCGCCUAACCUCCUAUCCAGUGGGAAUGCACUUUGGUUAACCUACCACGUUUCCUUUGCAGCGAGAGAUGCAUUUGUUUUCUCUGCCGCAAGCGUGCCUGGAAAUGAAACUAUCACAUGCUCUUCCGACGAGUUCCACUGCGGACAUUCUGUCUGUAUCGAUAGCUUCAGGCAAUGUGAUUACUCAUUCAAUUGCAUCGAUGGCCGAGAUGAGCGCAGAUGUGGUAAUUGCAGCAACUUCGAUUGCGCUAACAACGGGACAUGUUGGCGUACUUCUUUCGGCGAGUUUGUUUGCGAUUGCCCCGCAGGCUUCACUGGGGCUCAGUGUGAAACAGAAAUUUUCCAGUAUGAUGUCAUAGUCAGUGGAGACGACGUACUUGCUCUGGCAACGCCAGGCUACCCAGUCCACUACCAUCACAACGUCAACGUCACAUGGAAUAUUAGAACCGAUGCCGACCGCCAAAUUCACGUCACAUUUGCCGAUUUCCAAACCGAGCGGUUUUGGGACGUCUUGCUGGCUGGAAAUGGAGACUUCAGCCCGGCCAAUGUGUUCUUCAAUUGGAGCGGUUACAGACAGCCUCUAGAUAUUGUGUCGAACGGAAGUUCAAUGUGGAUGACAUUCCUGUCCGAUUCAACCGUUUACUACCGUGGUUUGUCUUUCCAUUUGAGAAGUAUUUCUGCAGCGAGUAAUUUUUCGUGUUCUGGGAACAACUUUGAUUGUGGUCACUUCGUUUGCAUCAAUGAGAGUUUGGUAUGUGACGGUGUAGUCGACUGUGUCGGUGGAGCGGACGAAAUCCAUUGCGAUCACUGUUCUUCGAGUCCAUGUCUGCAUAAUGGGACUUGUGUAGAAAGGCCCCUUCAGGUCGGCAUUGAACCGUUCUAUUGUAACUGUGCUGCGCGAUUUACAGGUGCAAACUGCGAAACGGAUACGUAUCAAAGAGUCGUUCUCAACGGAAACGAAACUAUAACAACGAGGAAUUCGAUAGGCUCAACACAACAGUCCCUGGUUUGGUUGAUCAGUGCCGAUGUCGACCGGAGGGUAGUCCUCAAAUCGCUCUAUUUAAACAACGAAGUGAUGUCUUUCCUCAGGCUGAUUGCUGUUGGUGAUGGACACGAUCCCUUUGGGGGUGGAAUACCUUUCUACCAGCACUUUGGGGAAUAUGAGCGGGGCACUCCUGAAUUGGUCUCAAGUGGGAAUGAAAUGUGGAUCUAUAUGGUUUAUUUGCCUUUGUUUCCAAACCCACCAAGCCUGCUGCUGACCGCCUUCCUGACAGUGUCAACUGUGCCAUUGUCACAUUCGAUGGUUUGUUCGUCCAGCGAGUUCAGCUGUGAACGCUAUUGCAUUGACACGCUGUACGUGUGCGACGGUGAAUCAGAUUGUGCAGAUAGACGUGACGAACAAGAAUGUGAUACCUGUUCGCCAAAUUCGUGUCAAAACAAUGGAACUUGUGUCUUGAUCCCGGGUGCCAACUUCUGGUGCCUUUGUCCGAAUUCCUACGCCGGCCCGCACUGCGAGAUUGAAACGGAAUUGCGGUUUCAGCUCGCUGCCAACGAGACGAUUACCAUCGAGCUCGUCCAUGGUGACACCUACAAGAGAGUCUGGCUGAUCCACACCAUAGCAGAUUGGAGGAUCCAGAUUGCGCCGGUCGGCACCAAAUUAAGCCCGACCUCCCGGGUGAGCAUCGGCGUUGGAUACGGCAGUAACACCAACAAUGAGUCGUCAACCAUCUUCAACGCAUCCUCAGUUGCACAGAUAUCACUUCCAGAGUUCUACUCCCAAGGGACCGUCAUGUGGCUGUCUGCUCGUUCCAACCGGAGUCCUGCAACCGACAGCAUUGUCAUCGCGGUCACUAGUGUUCCCCUCUCGGCGGGCGUGAACUGCUCCUCACAGAGGUUUGACUGCGGCGGGUACUGCAUCCCAGAGAGUUGGCGCUGCGACACCAUCUCAGAUUGUGGCGAUGGGCGUGACGAACUUGGAUGCGAAUACCAACCAUUGGUUGCUCCUUCUGACCAGUCGGUGAGCCUGACUCCCUGGGCUUAUCGAGCCGACCUCGGUGGUGCUCUCUGGAUCCUGGCCGCAGACCCUGGAAGGAAGGUUCUGGUGAGCUCGUUCAACUUCACCGGUGGCGCGCCAGUCAAGUUCUUUGAAGCUAGGGACGGGAAUGGCACGUCCCCCGUCCUGUUGAGCCUUGUGUCGUCCUCAAGUCACCCAGUCCCCGCCAUACCAGGGUUGCUGUCGAGCGGGAACAAAAUGUGGAUAACCGUCGGGUUUCAAGGAAUUAUCACACCCACUAGGGUGUCCGUCGUUGCAUCUGGUGUUCCGGCAAAUGAAACCCUGACCUGUGCUGUGGGCGAAGUUGACUGCAGUUAUGGUGUCUGCUUUGAGGAGAAUUACAAAUGUGAUGGUCCUCCCCAGUGCGUGGACGGACGCGACGAACCGCCAAACUGUUAACUAGGAAUUCGUUAAAAGUAGUGCUGAAUGAAGACGAGGCAAAAUGGUUCUCUUUGUUCUUAUAAUGUAACUCUGCCAUAGACUCAACAAGUACACGUAACUUUCAAGAAGAAGAGGAAUAACAGGAGAGUCAUUUGCUCCUGAAUGUGUCUGUUGUCUGUGGUUAAACAGUAUAGUCUCAUCAUUUUUUAACUACUUAGAUAUGAUAGUACCCAGAAUUUUCUUAAGUUUAUGUUUGUGUUUGAUGUUUUUUUAAAUAGAAUGAGCAUUAGCAUUUUCCCAGUAUACAAUUUUAAAAUACGUAUUAUCUUAGGAAUAAACCUUCAUGUAUAUACUCAGAUUUCUUUUAAAAAGAAUCAAGAAUGCUCAGAAUUAUUGUAUCAUGUUAUUUUAUAGUGGAUAUUUCACUCAGACAUUUUGCAAUUUGAUCUAUAUCAAAUAAAAAUCAUUUUACUAUAUUUCAAAUAAAGUUAGAUUACUUAAUGUCAAUAUUUUUACCCAGAAUUUUGUGCUUUAACUAGGCUAAAGGCAAAACUGCUCAGCACUAUAGAAUAAAUAAAUUAAUAUGAAACAAUAACCGAUGCAACGAAGUACGUCCACUGACAAUGAUGUAUUUAUGUCACUUGACUUACCCUGUCUCUGAGUCAGAAACAGUUAUGAUGAAAAUCACCCAAUUUUGUUGGUAUACAAACGCAAUUACCGGAGUUACGUAAUAUUCGAAAAAAUCUACAAAAUGACCCGUAUAACAGCAGAAUUUUGAAUUUUCUUGGUCCGAAAGGUGCAAAUUAGAGCUGUAUAGAGAGAGAGACAGGCUGGACCAGCUUCAGAUUUUGCAAACAAAAUGGGUCAAAGUGAGGCCAUGCAAAUUUCCAGUGCAAUCUGCUGUAGCAGUGUGUGGUAUUUAUAUCGCAACUAACUCCGCCUGUCAAGAGCUCUUGUGCAGUCAUUUUGUACAAUCUUUGGAUGUAACGUACUAGUUAUUCUGGCAUUGAUGUAGUUAUUCUCUAUAAUUUUAACUGAAGAGAUGAAAGUCCAGUCCCAAAGGACAAUGACAUGACCUAAAUGUUAAUUUUCAUACACGUGCUGGGGCCUGACUAAUAUCGACCAAUAAUUGGAAAUAGAAAAUAAGAAAAUUUAAAGCCACACAAAAGCCUUCAACCAGGAAAUCAUUUCAUCAGAUAUAUUCAUGAUAUAAAUAUUUGGUAAAACCAAUGCAUAAGCUGAUUUAGAAAUUAUCGUUGAAAUCUAUACUUACAAAGGCGACACAAAUGCGGUGAGAUCGGUUUGCUGCUAUCGCCCUGUGUUUGUGCACAACGGCCCGAUUCGGUCAGAUGUCUUCACACUAAUAUAAUCAAAUUAAGCCUACGAAAACUUCUGACAGCACAGAAACCAUCUCACGCAGAAAUAAAACAGGUCAUAAUAGAUCGAAUAGAUAAUAAGUAAUAGAUCUGAUUACAAAAAGAAAAAGUUCGUUUCUGCAUACUUUCAAAAUGUUUUAAUUUUCUGAUUAAACGUACACUGAAUAGUUCA